GGGUAAUUCGCCCAUCAUUAAUGGGUAUUGCCUACUCUUCUCGGUUGAAUUCUUACACAACGUCCGUGGAUGCUUAUUUGGAUUCACAAUUAAAUGCAUUGGAUCAGGCUGCACCCUUUGUUAAGACUUUGAGAAUGAGAGACAUUAGAAACGUGAUUUUGGAUGACCCAAUCAGGUAUGUUGCAUUCAGGACAGCUAACUCUUUAAGAGAUAUCUCUGAUUUGACCCAGCGGGCUGUAAUAAAGCCAUCCAGGGAAGGAAUCCAUCAGCUCCGUGAUUUACGUGGGGAACAUCUACCAUUCACAGGGAAUCAGCCCUUACUAAGGUCCCAAUUGAAUCCUAUUUUCCGACAAGUGAAUCAAAGGCUGAUUGAAGACAUUAAUACGUAUUUCCCCGCAUCUUCAAACAGCGAAGAAAUACCCAUUAACUAUGUGACCUUUGAUAACCAGUCAAACGAACUUUCUUACACAUUGAGACUCAUCAACUUGGCCGUUCUAAGAGCGAGACCUGUGCUCCAAGAACGUUUUCAGCAGUUAACCGAGACCCCGUCCGAGGCAAGAAAGUAUGUGGCUGCAGUGUAUCAGGAAUCACAGGAGCACAGAGGAGAGGGUAGAAUUGUCAUUAUUAUUGCAACUUUGGAGACUAUUCGAAAGAUUCUGACAGACGGAUAUGAAGCAUUUUCUGCUAACCGCUUUUUUCAAUUUCUCCUCAGUGAACCUACUGCAGAAGAAAAAGUCUCAAUUGCCGAAGAAACCCAAGAGGAAGAGAAUGACGAUAAGGCGGAUAACAAGAAUGCCGAGGAAGAUACUACCAAAGUGGCAUAAGUACGAAAUUUCACAUACUCAUUAAGCUUCUAUGUAGAGUUGUGAACAGUCUGACAUCAGACACAUAUAUACAGACACACAAACACGACACGCUUACGACAUGCACACAAAACCUCAGCUCCAAGCAAAGCAGUCAAUCGUUAUAUAUGUAGCUAUGUAACUGGCAGUCUUGACCACUGCUGCUUUAGAGUACACUAAAUAAAAGAUACAAACAACCAC